AUGCGGAGGAGUAGGAGCGCUAAAAAUCUCCUUCCUCUUGAUUCUGAAAUUGAACGGACACUUCACAGAGUGAGGAGGGAGGUCGAAGCUAGAACUAGAGUAGAAAGAGAGUUGGACAUCGUAGUUCAACCACAGCCAAUAGAGAUGGCAGGUAAUGCAGAACGUGCGGUGAUAGAAGCCGCAAGGCCCAGUCUUGCAAAUAUGACUCAGGCUAUUGUGAAACCUGAGAUCAUAGGGCAUUUUGAACUCAAACAGUACAUGACUAAUGAGGUAUUGGGACACACUUUUGUUGACGGGCUAGAUGAAGCCUCAAAGAUGAAUCUUGAUUCAGCUUGUGAGGGUAGUUGCAUGGCGAAACCAUAUAGUGAAAUCCAACUCUUGCUGAAUAACUACACUGCUAAUGAUCAUAACUGGCAAGGAGAUAGGGAUUCACGCAAGGCAAGUAAACAGAAGGCAGCUGGGUUGAUUGAGCUUGAUGAUUUCUUGGCCAUGACAGCUGAUAUAGCAAAAUUGGCAAACCAGGUGAAUAGAAUGACAAUGCAACAGACACAACAGAUGCAACAUGUACAACAGAUGUCUCUUUACUGCGAACUAUGUGGUGAUAAUCAAAUGAGUGACAUGUGCCCCACGAAUCAAGAAUCUAUAUACUAUGUGAGACAACAGAGCAGGGGUCCAGUGAAUCAGAAUGCAAAAUAUGGUAACACUUAUAACCCAAAUAGGAAGAAUCAUCCCAACUUCUCAUGGGGUGGAAAUCAGCCGAAUCAGAAUCAUUAUAGACCCCAAGGAAAUAUCAACCAACCUCAGAAGCCACCUCAACAGGUAGAAGAGAAUGGGAAUGAUUUGUUGAAGCAGUUGUUGCUUGACAAUCAACAGCUCAGGACCGAUUUCAGAAAUUUGGAGCGCCAAAUGGGACAACUUGCCAGUGCUCAAAAUACUAGAUCAGUUGGAGCUCUUCCAAGUGACAUUGAAGCUAAUCCUAAGAGGCCAGCCACUAUUGAAUCAACAUCAGAAAAAUCUAAGGAGUCCGAAAAGCCAGCUGGAGAGGCGGUGGCUGAGCAACCCCCACCAGUGGUGCAAAUCAAUAUUCCAUUGGUUGACAUCUUACAAGAAGUGCCCAAAUAUGCAAAGUACAUCAAGGACAUAGUUGCAAAUAAAAGGAGGCUGACUGAGUUCAAAACCGUCGCACUCACUGAGGAAUGUAGCUCAAGAAUUCAAAGCAUGCUACCUCAAAAAUUGAAGGACCCAGGUAGUUUCACUAUCCAAAUCUCGAUUGGUAAACAUGCAGUUAGGCGAGCCUUAUGUGAUCUUGGAGCGAGCAUCAAUUUGAUGCCGCUAUCUGUAUUCAAACAAUUGGGGUUGGGUGAGCCACAUCCAACAACGGUAAUCUUACAGCUGGAUGAUCACUCCCUUGCUCAUCUUGAAGGAGUGAUUGAAGAUGUGCUGGUUCAAGUGGGGUCUUUCAUAUUUCCUGCUAAUUUCAUCAUCCUGGACUAUGAGCCCGAUCAGAAAGCCCUAUUUAUUUUGGGGCAUCCAUUCUUAGCCACGGGCCGAGCUAUUAUUGAUGUUUGCGAAGGAAAGAUGACGAUGAGAGUAGGUGAUCGAGUGGAGGUAUUCAAUGUUUAUAAAGCACUCAGGUUGCCAACCCACUAUGAAGAGUUAUCCAUGAUCUCUAUGGUAGAGAGUGAUGCCACAUCGUUAGUGCCCUAUAUGAGGCCUGUAGAUCCUGUUGAAUGA